ACCUCAUAGACCCACUGUAGGUGUACCUAACAUAUCUACACUUCUAUACACUUAUUCGUCAAAUCUUAUGUAUAUAUCGAUAAAUGGGUUAUCUUAGGGGUCACAUGGUGGUCAUUAGGUACAUUUCCGGCCAAGUCCGAUAAGUUUUUCGUCCAUGCGAUGCGGAGCUUCGCGGAUAGAUUGGAGACCCGAUUCCUGAAUUCUUGUGCCGUUGGAUCGCUCUGAUAGUGUACUUGACUUGAAUUUUAGAUUGUCCGGGAAUCUAGAUUGACAAGACAUCGUUUCCAGAAUGGCGCAAACUUAUCUCAUGUGGGUUGCCGGUAAAGAAGAGGUUGGCGAAGAGGAACUAUUACCAGUAGAAGACCCCGCGACCGGAGAGACCUUUGCCUUUUGUCAUGCGGCAUCCGCGUCAGAUGUUGAACGCACUAUUGCCCGCGCCGAGGCGGCUUUUCAGUCAGGCGUUUGGUCUAGAUCCUCGCGCCACUACCGCGCUGACAUCUUAGACAAAUCCGCGGCGCUCCUCACAGCGUCGCUGCCGAGCCUCAUCGCGCUAGAGGUGCGACAGACCGGCCGCGCGAUUCGCGAGAUGAACGCUCAGGUUCCUUCGUUAGUGCGCUGGUUUAAGUACUAUGCCUCGCUUCUGCGUGUAGAGGAACAGCCUGUCUUGCCAACAGCGGGGAAGCUGCAUAAUUUCCUCCAACGCGUGCCGCUUGGUGUUGUGGUUCAGAUCACACCUUUUAACCAUCCGUUGCUUAUUGCCGUAAAGAAGAUCGCACCCGCACUUGCCGCUGGAAAUAGCAUCAUCCUAAAACCGAGCGAGUUAACGCCGUUAUCGGCACUACUGCUUGGCCGGAUCUUAAAAGAGGCGGGCGUCCCCGACGGCGUUUUCAGCGUUUUGCCUGGAUACGGUGCUACGACCGGAAAGGCACUCGUACAGCAUCCCCUAGUAAAAAAAGUAGAUGUUACAGGGGGAACAGUAGCAGGGAGGGCAAUCGGCGGAAUCGUAGGCGGAAAUCUGGCAAGAUAUACGGCAGAACUUGGGGGCAAGGCGCCGUUGGUUGUAUUCGAUACGGCAGACGUUCAGGUUGCUGUUAAUGGGAUUGCGUUUGGCAGUUUUAUUGCCAGCGGUCAAACUUGCAUCGCGAGUACGAGGAUUAUUGUGAAUAAUAAGGUCUUGUCGCAGCUGCUAGAGAAGCUGAAGGUGAAGACGGAUUCGAUUCUGCAACGCAUAGGUGCCCCUAGCAACCCAGAUUCAACGAUGGGCCCUUUGGUCUCGGCAAAACAACUCAGUCGCGUCGAGAUGUUAGUUGACGACGCCGUGAACAGCGGCAAGGCGAAAGCAAUAGCAGGAGGACGCAGGAUGCAUGGUUUAAGUUCCCUAGAUGGGACUGACUUCUCGAAGGGUUACUUCUACGAGCCCACGAUUCUUGUUUCGGGCGAGGGCGAUAGCAUCCUCGGGACACGUAUUUGGCGCGAGGAGGCCUUUGGUCCUGUAAUCGUGGUCGUGGGCUUUGACACGGAAAAUCAGGCUGUUAAGCUGGCUAACGACAGCGAGUUCGGCCUCGGAGCCGGAAUCUGGACCCAAGACCUAGCGCAGGCUUUCCGAGUUUCAGAACAACUCGACGCUGGCAUCACCUGGGUGAACACACAUCAUCGAAACGCUCCAAGUAGUCCGUGGGGUGGGACUAAGCUAUCGAGUGGUGUUGGAAGCGAAAACGGUAUAGAGGCUUAUAAUGCAUACACGGCGAUAAAGAGUACGAUCAUCAAUUACGCUUCAACUGAGGAGUCACUCGGUACAGAUGAUUGGUUCAGCGACGGGGCAGGGCCUAUAAGAUAUGGCUGAAUCUCGCAAUAGACUAGGUAGGUACAUAUCAUGAUAUAAACGUCCUUCGCAAAGUUUCUUAACUACUCGUACUAUUUAUUACUGUUAAGUUUCAUUAUAGCAGGUAAGGGUAGA